AUGGUGCAGCACCUGACCGACCGCGUCUCCGUCGAGAGUCUCACGAAGCUCAAGCCCGAGGACGCCUCGACGUACCCGUCAGGCUAUGGCGAGCUCAAGUCCCCCGUCGACCAGAUCCAGCGCGAAGACGGCAGCCUGCGUCCGGCCAAUGGCUCCGUGUCCGCUUACAGCUGGGAGAACCUGGGCAUGCUGACGCACAUUGCGGCCGUCGGGACAGUCUACGGCACGGUGAGCGGCGUCAUCUAUUCCGUGCUCAACAACUACCUGCACGUCUCAACGACGCUGGUCGCAACGGCCACUGCUCUCGUGACGUUCCCUCGCGCGCUUCGGAUCUUCACGGGGAUGUUGACGGACACCUGCCCGAUCUUCGGAUACCGCCGUCGGCCCUACAUGAUCAUCGGUUGGUCGCUGUCCUUCGUCUCGUGUCUGCUGAUGGCGGUGCUGCCUCUGGGAGACCCCUACUACGGCGAUGCAUCGCUGUCCGACAUCGCGUUGGUCGACAUGACGCCCGAUCAGCUCGCUACCCUCAACACCGACGCCCCAAGCCGCGGUGUCAAGCUCAUCAUCCUCAUGAUGAUCGCGAAUUUCGGCUCCGUCAUGGCGUACAGCGGCUUCAACGGAGCGCUGAUGGACGCCUCGCAGCGCGAGCCGGAGGCCACGCGCGGUACGCUCAUCGGCGACGUCAUUGUGAUCCACUACGUGUUCAUGGUCGUGUCCUCCUUCAUGACGGGGAUCGGCCUCAAUGGCGAGGACUACGGCGGUACCUUCUCGUGGACGAUGGGCUUCAACGCCGUCAUGUGGGUCUGCGCGGCGGCGUCGUUCCUCACGAUCCCGUUCUCGUGGUACUGCAUCCAGGAGGUGAAGAACGAGCGCGCUCAGAUGCCGAUCCUCCCAUUCCUCUACGACGUCUUCCAGCAGGAGGUCAUCUACCGCUACUCUGCCUUCCGGUUCUGCUUCAGCGUCUUCUCGCAGAUCACGGUGACGGCGUCCAGCGCGAUUCAAAGCGACUGGGCCAAGGUGGAGCCGCUCAACUCGGGCAUCGCCAGCAUGCUCACCGCCUUCCUGACGAUCAGCGGCACCUAUUUGAUCAAGAAGCGCGGCCUGCAGUGGAAUUGGCGCUACAUCAUCAUCGUCUGCGAGGUCUGCGUCGUGUGCAUCGAUGCCAUUCCGACGUUGCUGACGAUUUGGGACGUCUACCGCAGCCAGUGGUUCUGGCUCGGUGUCCCGCUUGUGGGCGAGGUGCCGUUUGCUGCGGCCGACUACGUGGCUCAGCUCUUGAUCCUCGAGAUCGGGAACCAAAAGGGCUUCGAGGCCACACUUCUGGGUCUCGGAGUGACUACGGAGUCCGUCGGGACCCCGUUCGCGACUGUCAUCACCAAGACGGUGGACGGAUACUUUGACAUCGAGCGCACCUUCAUCGAGCAGGACAGCCACUACGUGCGGUCGCAAGUCACCUACACGUACCUCAUCGCGUACGCGUUCAACCUGCUGUCUAUCGCCGCCGUGUUCUGGCUCCCCAAGCAGAAGGAUGAGGUGCACGAGAUGCAGCAGACGAACCGCAAGAGCAAAUUCUGGGGGGUCCUCACCAUGAGCUACCUCAUCUUCUCGCUGGCGUGGACGCUCAUGACCAACGUCUUGAGCCUCUUCGACUCCACCAGCUGCCUGCGCAUCGCCGGCGGCAGCGGAUGCUAA